CCCGGGGGCGGCGGCGGGGCUCAGGUCCUGGGUCUGCCCCGCGGUGUGACCCCGGCCGGUGCCCUGGCUUUUCCUGGCCUUCUUGUCCUCCUGUGUAAACGCGGGGUGAUGACGGCGCCGACAUCUUGGCGCUGUUGUGAGAGCGAAGUGGGCGCGUGAGCAGACGCCAGCUGCAGUUGUCUUUGGGUUAUGUCGUCAUGAAGCCGGCGCUUUGCAGUUGUGUAACCUUGAACAAAUGGGUUCAGUAUCUUGGAAUUUCAGUUUUGUCAUUGUUUAAAAAGAAAUCUGGAAUAAUGUGAAUGCCGACCAUGCAUAGUAAUGAAGAUCGAACGAGCUGAUAGUUGUUACCGUUGUUUUAUGAGGCUUUUAUGUACAGAAUAAUUGAUUUUCCCCGCAGGUGGCACCUGGUAAACGGUUAGCCCUUGCGGAGAAACAACCUGUUAGUUCCCAGGGAGAGAUUGACGCCCUGGAGAGUGAUUACCAGUGUGCUUUUUCCAUUAUGGUGUGUCACAGGUGCCGCAAGAUAAACCUGAUUUUUCAUGACUGCUUUUCCCUGCCCUUCUGUGCCCUCAGGACACUGCCCAUCUCUAAGAUAAGAGCCUGGCAAGAGGACUCUGUUGGCUGUUGGGAAAUUGCAGAGUAAUGUCUCAGGUAAGUCAAUGUGUCCCCAAAUCUUCCUGAAACACUUUAUCAGGACUGUGUGUUUGCUUUGCUUCUCCUGCCUGUUCCCACCUAAUUAAGUCUAUUUAAGGGAUUGAAUCUAUGGUUCCAUCCAUAUAUAUAGGAAGGAUGGAGCCCACAAGGUAUUGUCCUCCUCACCCAGUGGUCCUCUUUUCUACAGUUUUCUGCUAGAAGACUUUCUAGUCUUGCCAACGUUUUAAAACUACAAUUCACAAUGCAGCUUUGGAAUGUAAGGUUAUUUGCUUUAUGAUUGUCAAAACUGUACCAUGUAGUCUCAAGUGAAGAGAUGUUUGCCGACAUCCUUGAUUCUCCCUUUGACUUAUAACUCUUACUCAGAUCCUCUAGUUGGAGCUAAGUUAUACGCUGUAUACAGAAUCUGACCCUUAGUUACCCCAUCACUACCACCACCACUACCACCCCGGUAGUGCUAGCGAUAAAGCCACCUGGAUUAUUGCAGAAUCCUAGCUGGAUUCCCUCCAUCUGCCCUUAACCCUCAUCGGUCUGUUCUUAGUACAGCUGUUAUUGUGACCCUACUGUUAUAUCAAUUCCUAUCAUUCCUCAACCUAAAAGUUUUCAGUGGCUCUGAGUUACUUCUGCAAUGACCUGUUUGUACAAUUAGGCCAUUACCUCUCUGAUCCCACCUUCCUUCUCUGCUUCCUCAUUCCUGUGAGCUCCAGCCACUGUCACCAGUUGCUGUGCCAUCCACGUGGAAUAUUCUUCCCCGACAUAGGCACAAGCUUGCAUUCUUAUCGUCUUCGUGUGUUUGCUCCGUGGUUACUUUCUCAGAAAAGCGUCCCUGAAUGCCUCAAUUGCGGUCAUCUUCUCUCGCCUAGCACUUCCACUCCUCCAUCACUGCUUUGUUGUUUUCCACGGCACGUGUCACUCACUAACUGAUGUACUGUAUAUUCAGUAUACGCACAUGCUCAUUGUUUGCCUCUUCCUGGUGGGAGAAAUGUUUUUUCUUUUUUGUUGUCUGUUAUAGCUUCAGUACCCAGAGUGGUACCUGGCACCAAAUAGAUGCUUAGUAACUAAUUGUUGAGUGAAUAAGAUGAGUAAUGAAGAACUGAUGGGGCAGAAUCAUGGCAUGGAACGUGAAGCUUGCACAGGAGAGAACAUGAGUAGCAGAUGUACAUGUUGGGUGACAUUUAGUGAUGUGGCUAUAGACUUCUCUCAUGAAGAGUGGGGAUGGCUCGAUUCUGCUCAGAGGGACUUAUACAAGGAUGUGAUGGUCCAGAAUUAUGAGAACCUGGUCUCUGUAGGUCUUUCCGUAACUAAGCCAUAUGUGAUCACAUUGUUGGAGGAUGGAAAAGAGCCCUGGAUGGUGGAGAAAAAACUGUCAAAAGAUUGGGAAUCAAGAUGGGAAAGCAAGGAAUUAUCAACAAAGAAGGAUAUUUAUGAUGAAGAUUCACCCCAAACAGUAAUAAUAGAAAAAGUUGUAAAACAAAGUUAUGAAUUUUCAAAUUCUAAGAAGAAUUUGGAAUAUAUAGAGAAGUUGGAAGGGAAGCAUGGAAGUCAGGUAGAGCAUUUCAGACCAGCAACUCUCACCUUUAGAGAAAGCCCCACUCCAGACAGUAUUUACACCUUUCAUUCAAAGUCUACUCUUUUUGAAACACAAAAAAUUUCUGCUGAAGGGAAUUCACACAAAUAUGCUAUAUUAAAGAAGAACUUACCAAAAAAGUCAGUUGUAAAAAAUGAGAAAAUCAGUGGUGGAAAGAAACUUUUGAAUUCUAGUAUAAGUGGGGCAGCCUUCCACCAGAGCAAAUCUCUUACCCUUCACCAAACUUGUAAUAGAGAGAAAAUCUAUAUAUGCAGUGAAUGUGGGAAAGCCUUUGGCAAACAGUCAAUCCUCAAUCGCCACUGGAGAAUUCACACAGGAGAGAAGCCCUAUGAAUGUCGUGAAUGUGGGAAGACUUUUAGCCAUGGCUCAUCCCUUACACGACAUCUGAUAAGCCAUAGUGGAGAGAAACCUUACAAAUGUGUUGAAUGUGGGAAGGCCUUUAGCCAUGUAUCAUCACUUACUAACCAUCAGAGCACUCACACUGGAGAGAAACCAUACGAAUGUAUGAACUGUGGAAAGUCUUUUAGUCGUGUGUCCCAUCUUAUUGAACAUCUAAGAAUUCAUACGCAAGAAAAACUCUAUGAGUGUCGUAUAUGUGGAAAGGCCUUCAUUCAUAGGUCAUCUCUCAUUCACCAUCAGAAAAUCCAUACUGGAGAGAAGCCUUAUGAAUGUAGAGAAUGUGGGAAAGCUUUUUGCUGUAGCUCACACCUUACUCGACAUCAAAGAAUUCACACUAUGGAGAAACAAUAUGAAUGCAACAAAUGUCUCAAAGUCUUUAGUAGCCUCUCAUUUCUUGUUCAGCAUGAGAGUAUUCAUACUGAAGAAAAACCCUUUGAAUGUCAGAAAUGCAGGAAAUCCUUCAACCAGCUUGAAUCACUGAAUAUGCAUUUGAGAAAUCACAUUAGAUUGAAACCCUAUGAAUGCAGUAUAUGUGGGAAAGCCUUCAGUCAUAGGUCAUCCCUGCUUCAACAUCACAGAAUUCAUACUGGAGAGAAACCCUAUGAAUGUAUUAAAUGUGGGAAAACCUUCAGCUGUAGUUCAAACCUUACUGUACAUCAGAGAAUUCAUACUGGAGAAAAGCCAUAUAAAUGUAAUGAGUGUGGAAAAGCUUUUAGCAAAGGCUCAAAUCUUACUGCCCAUCAAAGAGUACAUAAUGGAGGGAAACCCAAUAAUGUGGUAAGUGUGGAAAAGCCUUUAGACCAUAUGAAUCACUAUACAUGUGAGAAACCUUACAGAAGAGAAACCAUAUGAAGCAGUGUUUAUCAUGGUAAUUUUCAUUCCUAGAUUCUCCCUUAUUUAACAUUAGAAAAAUUUACACUGGGGAAAGUCGUAUGAAUGUGGUGACUGUGGGAAGACUUUUUAGCAAAGAUGUAGGCCUGUUUGUUUAUCAGACGUUAUACUGUAGGGAAAUCAUAUGAAGAUCAUACAUGUGGGAAAAUCUUUGUCAGUAUUAAUCCCUUAAUUGACAUAAGUGUACUCACACUAGGGAAAAAACCCUGUACAUGUAGCAAAUGUGGGAAAGACUAGGCAAUAGGAAUCUUUUACAAACUCCUACAGGAGACAAGCUGUAUGAAUGUGGAAAAUUUAGAAAUUGAGGGAAGUCUUCAGUUCCAAGUGUAUCCCUUAUUCUACAGCAGAGAACUCAUUUAAGAGAUGUAGCAAAGUGUUCACUAAGAGUGUUUUAUCUUGCUACACAUCAGAAGAUUAAUGGUAGAACAACCUGAAGGAUUUAGGAAUUAUGUGUAAAUCUUUGCAGUCAUGCUAUUUGUAAACUGGAUUCUACAGGAGAGCAAAUAAACAUUAUAAUAUGCAUUUCUUAGAGCAGUAGCUUGCAGUUUCAGUUGAGUUAUACUUAGAAAUUCUUUUUAGCUAGUGGACAUGUGAAGAUAUUUAGUCACCCAGAGGAGCCAGUGUUAUAAUGUUGAAAAUUAAAGCUGCAAAAGAAAUAAAGUGAUGUUAAUAAAAGUUUUGGCAUCUAAUAAAAUCAUUUUGUAUACCACAAA